AAUCUCUGCAGCAUGGCCUCUAUGAGCACACAAGCCAGGAUCAAGAAACAAGUCUUGGGUAUUAUCCUCAACUAAAAAGGCGUUUGGACAUAAAAGCCCCAUUGACCCCUCCUGUUCAUCUCUUCGGCAGCAAUAGCGAGGUCACACCAAGCCAAGUUGAGUCCACAGGAACAACAUGGCCCUUGGUGGACCUCGGUAGAGAUACAAGCACCUCGAACGAACAAGACGAUGCUAAUGCUGAUGCCACGGAGACACAGGGAGUGCCACCGUUAUAUUUUGCUGUCCGCAGACGUUUGGAUAUCAGAGCAGCAUCUCCACAGGCACAACUGCCUCCUGAUAGUGUUUCAUCUGAAGCUUGGUAUUACAAAUCAAAGGACCCCGCAAGUGACAAUGACGACAAGAACAAAGAUGAAAACAAGAGUUUCUUCAAAUCCCCUGUGAUGAUUGUCCCUCAAAGUCCCAAAAGAGAGCCCGACAUCAAAUUAGAAAAAUAUGUCAAUGUUCCCGAGACCGUGGGGGAUGAAACCAGCAGCCUGACCCCAGAGAUAAAUCCAGAGCUCCAGUCACGGUGGGCCAACAUGCAUCUUGGGUUCUCUCGCUUUCGGAAGCGUCUUGAAAUCACAUCGCAUGCACAUGAACCACCCGUGGUGCCCCUCAGUGAAGGUGACUUUGGAGCAACAAAACAAAAGCAGACAGUAGUUGGCUUCACAGACUCUCCACUAACCGCUGCACAAAUUUACGUCGACAAACCAGAAGUGGAUCCUGCAAAUGAAGAAAUGUCGAGCCUACCAAGUAUCCCGCAUAUAAGGAGGUACUUGGACAUAAAGGCUCCGACUACUCUACAAGAACAUCUAUAUUCAUCAAGCAGCAGUAAGAAUGAAGCUGAGUCCACAGACUAUUCUGAAUGGAGAGGAAGGUCACAUGAUCUCAGUCUUGAAUCUCCGUAUGGAACCCAGACUGUCGAGACCCAAGCAACAACGGAGAAGAACUCCAACAACAGCAAAGACGAGACAUGUGAAACAGAAAUGACAGAAGCUGCAAGGACGUCGGUUAGUGAAUCACCGAUACAAUACAGACGUUUAAUUAUGAAAGCUUCGUCUCCACCAAAUGAUACCUCCACCGAGGAUCGACACACUGAUGUAAUGACUACACUGCAUGGUUCCUCCUAUAGUACCAGAUACCAGUUACCUUAUACAGCUAGAUACCAGAACCCAUAUGUUGCCCCAGAGACCACUUCCAGUCCAGAGUCUGGAAAUGAUACUCCCCCCACCAGGGAUUCAUUAAGAGUCAACAUAAUGACUACAAAACGUGGUUCCUCAGACAGUGCCAAAUACCCAUCUCUUGCCCCGAGACCCUUCAGGAAGUCAACUGAGGGCCCAUCAGCUGAGAAACGAUGGACGGAACUGAGGACCCACUUCUCUGAUCUCUCCAAACAUCCGGACCUGCCAUCUCCACUUGAAGAGAUUCAAAAAACUGAAGCCGGGUCAUUUACACAGAAACAUGGAAACGCAUCCGUGACAAGAUCUCUUAACCUAAGUGGCCAUUCUUUGUCUCCAUCCAGCAUUGAUGAGAUGUGGAAGGGCACAUCAGAAAAGGAUAGAAGAGGACUUAGCGCUUUGAAAGCCAUGUCGUCUGAGAGACAAACAUGGGACAAGGAUGAAAAAGUGAACCCUUCCCAACCAAGUAGCACUUCUGGGAAUUCCAAAGAGGACUCGUCAGAAGUCCUCAUCUCUUAUUCCUCAGCAAGUACUGCAGAAGACAUUCCUCACAACAUCCUUCAAUACAGGACACAUGCGCCUCUGAUCAGGACUCCACCCACUAUUCCAACAACAUCGCUGUCAAAUGAGGCCGUGGAGUUAACAUGGGAUUCCAAAAGUUCUUAUACCCCAAGCCUUAGCCAAGUUUAAAUGGGAAGAACAAAAACAAUUUGAAAAGGUUUUCACAGUGCACAUUUGUUAGCUAUAUUGAUCAUUGUCAAACAGACAACAGCGAUUAAUUCUGUUAUGAUUAAUUUAUAUGUACAUGUUAUGACAAUUGGUAAUAUAUUUUUGUAAGAUUUGGUCCCAAGGAGGAAGGGACCUGUUCAUCGCUGUUUGGAUAUUUGAUUUUUAGAUAGUUUUAGAAUUAAUUGGUAUGAAAAGUGCAAUUCAAUGUUGAUCUUUACCCAUCAGUGGCAGGCAGAACAAUUCAUUGUUCUUUCACUAGAUGGCCCAAUGUCUUAAUCAAUUCACCUUGAUUUCACAAUUCCAUUUGAGUAAUAUGAAACUAUUAUUUCAACAUACAGUAUACUUUGUAUAAUAUUCACAUCUGUACCCAUUCUGUGUUGCAGUUAAUGCAAGUACAUAUAUAUAUCUGGGUCGAUUUUCUUACCUGAAAUAAGCUUGCGCUUCUUCCCACUUGUGGCUGCAUUGCCUUUGUCAUGGUGUGAUCACGUUUGUCACAUUUUCCUUGUUAGAAAUAAA